GUUUAACCUUCACUAGCCAUGAACUUCCUGCGCCGUCGCCUUUCUGACAGCAGCUUCAUCGCUAACCUGCCCAACGGCUACAUGUCUGAUCUCCAGAGGCCCGACCCACCUCCACCACCUCCUCCGACUGCUGCCACCAAAGCCCCGGCCGGACCGACUCCUGCCCCAUCCACACCUCCUGCGGCCAAGUCCCCCACCGCUCCUCCGGCCCCCGAGGGACGGCCGCAGCCCGCCCAUUCCACCGGGUCAGGAUUCUUCAGCUCCAUCACCAAUGUGGUGAAGCAGACCGCCGCUUCUGCGGGACUCGUGGAGCAAAGUCCUGCGGCGGUGUCGAGGAAGUUCAAGAUCCUCCUGGUCAUCGACGAACCCCAACACGAGUGGGCAAAGCUUUUCCGUGGGAAGAAGGUCCAAGGUGAUUAUGAUGUCAAAGUUGAGCAGGCUGAGUUCUCGGAGAUCAACCUUGUGGCUCAUGCUAAUGGCACGUGCAGUGUGGACAUGCAAGUGAUCAGAAAUGGAACCAAAGUGGUUCGGUCCUUCAAGCCUGACUUCGUCUUGGUGCGACAGCAUGCUUAUAGCAUGGCACAGAAUGAAGACUUCCGCAAUAUAAUCAUUGGUUUGCAGUAUGCUGGGAUCCCCAGCGUCAACUCGCUGGAGUCCAUUUACAACCUCUGUGACAAGCCGUGGGCUUUUUCUCAACUGAUCAGCAUUUACAAGAAACUGGGAGCAGAUCAAUUCCCUCUUGUUGAUCAGACCUUCUACUCAAACUACAGGGACAUGAUCUCAAUGCCAACAUUCCCUGCGGUGGUGAAGAUCGGGCAUGCUCAUUCUGGAAUGGGGAAGGUGAAAGUCGACAAUCACAGUGACUUCCAAGACAUUGCAAGUGUUGUGGCCAUCACUCAAACCUACACGACCACAGAGCCUUUCAUUGAUGCUAAAUAUGACAUCAGGGUCCAGAAGAUCAGUUCUGAUUACAAAGCUUACAUGAGAACAUCCAUAUCUGGCAACUGGAAAUCAAACACUGGCUCUGCCAUGCUGGAGCAAGUGGCCAUGACUGACAAAUAUAAGCUGUGGGUGGACGCCUGUGCAGAUGUCUUUGGAGGUCUAGACAUCUGUGCUGUUAAAGCCAUACAUGGAAAGGAUGGAAAGGACUAUAUCACUGAGGUGAUGGGCUCAUCGAUGCAGCUGAUCGGAGAUCACCAGCUGGAGGACCGGCAGCUGAUCGCUGCCAUCGUCCUGGCAAAGAUGAACCAGGAAUCAGCAGCUCGAUCCCCACAAGGACCUCCAACCACUGUACAACCUGCACAAAGUGCUGCCUUAAAAGAAAGCCUGACUGACCCCAACAAGACCCUCGGCCAGCGGCCCCCUCCACAAGGGGGGGCAGUGAAACCCCAAGAACCACAACCUAUGAGUCAAGAACCUACACCUGAGCCAGUCCCUGCCCAGGAGCCUGUGCCCAAAGCAGGCCCUACCCCAACUCUACCACCCACCAUGCAGCAGCCCAAACCCCAGGCUCAAGCCGCACCUGAACCCACUCCUGGAAAACCAAAGGAACUGCCUCCAAAACCCCAACCUCCCAAACCACUUCCCCCAAAGCCUGUGCCUCCAGUUCGGAGGAACUCCAAGCCUCAGAUCCAACCCAAACCUCAGACCCCACCUCCCACCAAGGCCCAACCAAAAGCUCAACUGGGAGACAGAGAUCAGAAUCCUGGUCAAACCCAGCCAGAUCUGGUCCUUGCUCAAGAGCUUUCCCCAGCCAAAGUUCCCAUUAAACCCCCAUCACCAGCUAAACCUCAGCUCCAGCCUAAACCAGUGCUCAGAGAGCAAGUCAAACCUGAACCCCAAGAUCAGACUACUGCUCCAUCUGAGGCACUCUCAGCCCCUGUUAGAGUAGCUCCUUCCCCUGCUCCCACCCCGACCCCGGCCCAACCUACCCCAAUGAAACAAACCCAUUCUCAGCCUCCUGUAGAGGAACAGCCUGCACCCCAGCAGAGGUCAACUCAUCCUCUGUUGAACAAAUCCCAGUCCUUGACCAACGCCUUCAAUGCCUUUGGCGAGACCUUCCGCUCCAGCAACGAGGAUGAAGCUAAGGCGGAGACCAUUCGAAACUUGCGAAAGUCUUUUGCAAGCCUGUUCUCUGACUAAUGACAAACUCCCGCAGCCCAAAAGGUGGCCAGCGACUUGACAGAAAUUCAUCCUGGUCUGAGGUUAAUCCCAUGUAGCUGUGUACAUUUAACCCCCUCCUCCCAACUCUGCUGUAAUUAUUCAAGUGUUAAGAAGGUUAGAGUGAUGUACAGUGAUUGUUCUCGCAAGAUGUUGGUGUUUACAUGUUUUGAGUCACUCUGUGAGUCACACAAAAAACACUGGAAUUUCUAUGAGGAGGGGAUAGCUCUUAAGCAAUCACUUACAGGAGGCUGGAGUAUGCUGAAGUCGUCUGUAACCCCUCGAUGUUGUAGCUGUAUCGUAGUAGUGCGUUUUCUUUACCCAGAGACAAAUAUUUGUGACUAGUUUUCCUUGUUUAUCCCCUGUAGUGUGUGCGUGUAACUAGUUGGUGUGUUGUAAGCAUUAGCCCCUAAGACAUUAGUUCAACAAUACCCCGGGAUCUUUAUAAAAGCACUUUCCUAUUCAAGUUUCCUACAGUGAUCAAUGCUUGGACUGGUCGGUUUCAGUGCAGUGGUGGGAUUUCUUUGGAUCACCUGGUGUUUUAGCGAAUUAGCUUGCAUUCAGCACUUAUCAACCUGUCAAGAUAUUCAUGAGUGCCAUGUUUAUAGUCUCUAUGCAUAUUGUAUUGUACUGUAUGUGUAACAUCUCAGGAGUUUAAUUUGAAUAUAUGUUUAUUCUGGCGUCACACUGUUCAUGUUGUGUUUUCUUUGUGCGCAGUGAUACUGCUUUGCAUGACCCGGUGAUAAUUGUUUUCUCUGUACAAGUGUCAAUAAACAUGUGGCACAUCAUUCUACUGA